UUACUCGAGUCUCGAGACGCAGAACAAACGUGAAGAAAAACACGGGCGAAACACGGCAGAGAUUCCGCGAUGGCUCACAGAACCGAGCGCUUUAAAGCGCUUUCCCUCCUCAGAUGCGGGAUCUCGCUCCUGGUCUUCACAGCGGUGUCGGUGUGUGAGGCUGUGCAGGUCUCCGUCCGUGACGAGCGGCGCUUUGCGAUGCUCUUCCAGUCGGUGGUUCUGCCGUGUCAUUACACCAGCGUCUCCUCUCAGACUCCAGUCAUCCAGUGGUGGUACAAGUCUUACUGCCGCGAUCGCAGCCGUGACGCCUUCCGCUUCCCCGACACGCUGGCGGUCCACGGCUCCGAGCUCGGCUCCUCCGUUCACCUGGACUGCGGGGACAGCGGCCGGACGGUGCGCAUCGUGGUGUCUGGACAGGGCUCGUCCGUCACCCUCGCUGAGCACUACAAGGGCCGGGACAUUUCCAUCAUCAACAAAGCUGACCUGCGCAUCGGUGAGCUGCAGUGGGGUGACAGUGGUGUGUACUACUGUAAGGUGGUGAUCUCUGAUGAUCUGGAGGGACAGAAUGAAGCACACGUGGAGCUGCUGGUGUUGGGUCAGACAGGUUUGCCCGAUGAUCUUCUGCCUGGGUUUAAUGUGGAGAUUGUUCCAGAGUGGGUGUUUGUGAGCGCUGUGCUCGUGGGCAGUAUCCUGGUCAUUCUGCUGGUGGGGGUUUGCUGGUGUCAGUGCUGUCCUCAUUCAUGCUGCUGUUACGUGAGGUGCUGCUGUUGUCCAGACACCUGCUGCUGCCCUCGGCACCUGUAUGAAGCAGGAAAGGGGAUCAAGUCAACGCCACCCACACCUGUGCCCAUGUUCCCUCCAUACUACAUACCUGGGAUGCCCACCAUGGUGCCCAUCGCUCCGCCCUCCCUCAUUGACCCCAACCUGUCCACUGCACCAUCACUGGAGAACAGCGGCUCAGUGCGGAGUGGUUUCCAUCUGCAGCCUGCGUCGGAUCAGAGCUCUCUGAAGGUGCUGCAGUACGUGGAGAAGCAGCUCGCUCAGUUCAACCCAUCACAGACGCUUAGCAGCAGUCGAAACUCCUGCAGUGUGUCCGAGCUGAGUUCGUUACAUGAUGUAGAAACCGACUUCCGCCAAACCUAUCGACAAGUCCAGAAGAAGGCUCUACCUGCCAUUCCUGACCUUGAUGACCCCUCUGACCUCCAGGCCACAGAUUUAUCUCCCGUUCACGAGGGAAGAUACACACGGCCGCCGCAGCACAGAAAUCGUGUGCUGGAUGAACGCCCCAGGUGGAACCCUCGCUCGGAGCACCUGCAGAGGAAAGCUUUCCUGGAACGAGGACGGACUGGAUCUGUGGAUGAGCUGGAGGAGUUUGCCAUGGCGUAUAUGCAGCGAGGACGCCACUGUGACAUCGAAAACAGGGAGGACGAGUACAGCGAGCGAGAACGAGAGCGAGAGCGAGAACGGGAUCGUUACCCGUUUUAUUGUUCCAAGGCCAGUCCAGGGAGACGUCCCCCCAGCCCUCCGCCCUUACCUGGAAAAAAGCGGGACACUUGGGGCAACGGUCAAGCCCAGCGGGAUCCACGAGAGCGGGAUCAGAGCGGAAGAGAUCACAGGCCAGACUACGACCAUGCCCUUCUCAACAGUUUACUGGAACGUAAAGCUAAAGCUGUGAAGAGCAGCGCUUCAAAAGCAGGACAGACCGAAGACGCGGACACGCCGUCCAGAAACAGCUCCAAAAAGAGUAGUGAGUGUUUCCACAGCAGGACUCCCAGCAACCAGUCCCCUCGGCAGCGGACGGCGGAGGACAAUGAAUCUCUGCCGCCGUACUCAGAGAAGCAGCUGGAGCGUUCCCGCGGAGCCGAGUCUGGGCAACAGAACCGCCCUCGGAAAGUGAGCACUCUUCUGAGCAGAGACUCGCUUGUAGUUUGAUGUGUCAGACGUCUCCACCGCCGGCUCGCACCGUGCUGCACAACUCUAGCGCUGCGGACGGCAGGUUUGUGCGGUACUGAAGUGUGUUUUACUGCCACGCCGCUAUAAUGACUUCGUGAGCGUGGAGAAAAUUCAUCAGACUUUUCCUGACCGUCUGAGCGGAGUUACUGGAUGUGAUAUACACAACAUUUGAGGAUCAGUGAGAUUUUUAAUGUGGUUUCUUCUGCUCAUUAAGGCUGUAUGAUCAAAAUUAAUUUAAUGUAAUUUUGUGAAAUGUUAUUGCAAUUUAAAAUAACAGUUUUCUAUUUUAAUAUACUUUCAAAUGUAAUGUAUUCUGUGAUGCGCAGCUGUAUUUUCAGCAUCAUUACUGCAGUCUUCAGCGUCACAUGAUCUUCAGAAAUCAUAAUAAUAUGCUGAUUUAUUAUUAAUGUUGGAAACAGUUGUGCUGCUUCAUAUUUUUUGGUACCUGUGAUCAUUUUUUCAGGAUUCAUUGAUGAAUAAAAAGUUAAAAAUAACAGUGUUUAUUCAAAAUAGACAAUAUACACUACUGUUCAAAAGUUUGGGGUCGGUACAUUUUUUCUUUCUUUAAAAAAAUGUAUUAAAUAAUACUUUUAUUCAGCAAGGUUGUGUUAAAUUAUAAAAAGUGAUAGGAAAGACUUAUAUUGUUAUAAUUUUUUUUACUUUUAUUCAUCAAAGAAUCAAAGUAUCACAGGUUGCAAAAAAAUAUGAAGCAGCACAAGAGUUUCAACACGGAUAAUAAAUCAGCAUAUUAGAAUGAUUUCUGAAGAUCAUGUGACGCUGAAGACUGGAAAUUCAAUACGAAACCAAUAAUAUUUCAUAAUAUUACUGUUUUUUCUGUAUUUUUGAUCUACCUUGAUGAGCAGAAGAGAUGUUACUGAACCCAAACAAACGGGACGCAGUCUUCAUUCUCAUGUAUAUAAUCUUAAAGUGCUCUGUAUGAAUGGGGUUUUUAUUUUGCUAAAUGGUUACAUUCUGACAGCUUAUAUCGCACAUUCGUAAAAACAAGACACUUGCUAACUAAUUAAUAUUAUUGCAGAUCUUGUUAUGCACUCAUGCUUUUAUCAGUAUUAUAAGAUACAGACCAUUAUUUUCUGAGUAACAAAUGAUGACGUUGUGUAUUUUUGGGGACCACACUGGUUUUCUUAAGCAAAGAUACAGAGAAGACGAUUACAGGGAGUGAUUUGGUUUUAUUGUUUUGUCAGAAUUAUCAGCCAAACUCACCACGUCGAUAAACAAGAAAGUGUUUUCACUGAAUGACCGUCACAUGUGAGUUGAUCUCAGUGUAACGCUUCAGUAUCAGUCGUGAAACGCAGGUCGAGUUCGUGUCAAUAGCUUCAGUGUGACGCGUCUGGAGACUCGCGAUGAGCGAGGAUGAGCUCAUGCAGCGUCCGUCUCUCGAGCUGGAUCUGCUGGAGGUCAGGCAUCAUUAGAGGACUGACCUCACCUUCACCGCCUCUACUAACGACUCGAGUCUUCUUUACACAUGCUUUCUGUGAGUCUGUAUCGAGCAAAGUGAUUUUAUUCCAGUACUUGAGAAAACGGUUAAUAUAAUUACAGUUUUGCCAUGAGGACUGAAAAUCAUGUUUAUGUAACUGUUUACAUUUUGUAUGUUUUCACAUGUUUGCUGCCUCAUGAAAUAUGUGUAUGAUCUGCAUGCAGACUCGGUUAUGUUAACUGCAUCAGAUGAAUUUCAGUAAAAACUUGACAAACUCU